AUGGAUAAUCCAAAUGAUGACCUUACCACUUACAAGGAAAAACUAAAGGAUGUUGAUGUACAAGAAUGGAAAAAGGCUAUGGACUGUGGGAUGGAAUCUAUGGAUUCCAACUCAGUCUGGUCUCUUGUAGAAGUACCUAAAGGGCAAAUGGAUGUCAAGACAACUUUCGUAAAUGGUAAAUUAGAAGAGGACAUCUAUAUGCAGCAAUCAAAAGGGUUUAUAGCGAAAGGCCAAGAACACAUGGUAUGCAAGUUGUAUAGGUUAAUUUGUGAACUUAAGCAAGCAUCUAGGUCAUGGAAUAGUAGGUUUGAUGAAACCAUAGAAAUGUUUGGUUUUGAGAAAAGCCCUGAUGAACUAUGUGUGUACAAAGAAAUUCAGGGUUCAGUAAUAGUUUUUCUAAUUCUUUAUGUAGAUGAUAUCCUUCUAAUCGGAAACAAUGUGAAGGUGUUAUCAGUGGCUAAGUACAGCUUGGAAACUUCUAAGAUGGGAUUUUUACCCUUUAAACGUGGAAUGCAUCUUUCUAAAAAGCAAUCAACAAAAACUCCUGAGGAGAAAGAAUUCAUAAACUUAGAUUUCCAAAGGGAUAUUGACUUUAGUAAAUCAAUGUUAAGCUAUGUGUUUAGCUUAAAUGGAGGUGCCAUUAGUUGGAGAAGCAUUAAACAGACUUCUGUUGCUGACUCCACCACUGAAGCUAAAUAUGUGGCUGCAUCUGAAACUGCAAAGAAAGCUGUGUGGUUUAAGAAAUUCUUUAUGGACCUUCAGAUUAUCCCAGUCGGUCAUCUUGUUUCAGAUCCUGCUGAUCACGACGAGGAGGGCAUUUGUAUCAUCGAUUGGCUUGACAAGAAAGAAAAGUCUUCAACCGUAUAUGCACAUGGUCUAGAGCUUAGCAAUGUGAAUUUCAUACGGGUUAUAAGGUUUCCGGAGGGAAAGAAGAUGGAGCUCAAAGAUGCUCUACCAGAAGGCUUUCUAGAAAGGGUGAAUGAAAAGGGAAUGGUUAUUGAGAAUUGGGCUCCCCAAGUAAAGAUUCUGGACCAUUCAAGUAUUGGUGGGCUUGUGAGUCAAUGUGGAUGGAGUUCAAUCAUGGAGAGCUUGAGAUUUGGUGUCCCAAUUAUAGCCAUGCCUAUGCAACAUGAUCAGCCAUGGAAUGCUUAA